CUUUGCCGAGAUAGCGCACGCCCACAUGUACAUCAAGCUCGACCGCGUGGAGCCCAAGAAGCUGCGCAAGUACCUCCGCCUCGUCAUGCGGCGCGUCAAGGCCGAUGUCCGGGCGAGCCUGCCGCCAAAGUUUGCGCUGGUCGUCGAGCGCUGCGUGGGCGAGAGCGGAGCGCCGUUCCUUGGCCUCUUUGCAGCGUACGCUCUCGAGAACGAGCUGCAGAUGCCACUGCUGGCGCUGUACCACGACACGACGCCCACGGACGCCGGCUGCGAGGUCGAGUACGCGGGCUUUCUCGACUUGAUUUUGGCCGAUAUGAAGCGGACGCGCGCCGACAUUGUGUGCAUGGUCGCGUCGGUCGAGUCGCCGUUCAAGCUCAUUGCAGACGAUAUGGACGUGCCUGUGGUGACCUGCGCCAGCUCGCGCCUGGACGCUGCGAUCCUUGCGUUCGUGGGGACACCCGAGUACGCCGAGUCGAUCAACGCGGUUCGCGACCUCAUGAACGAGCUCCAGAAGCUUCGGACCGGCGUCCGGUACUGCAGCAUGCGCAAGUUGUACCCGGUCCUUGAAGACGACGCCAAGACGUGGCCCUCGACGAUGGCGAUGCUCCAGCGCUAUUUCAAGCUGCGCCCGCUCCUCGCCGCGUCCGAGUCGUACGCGCCCCUCUUGGGCCUUGUCACGGCGGCCGACGAGACGGUACUUGAGACGCUUCUGACGCAUCUCUCGAACCUCGACUCGGUCGCCAAGCAUCUCUUGGUUACUGAGCGCAGCAGCCUCUCGGACGUGCGACAGCUUCUGGACGGUCUUCUCCUCGACUACCCAAGCAUGACACCCUUUCUCAACGCCGACAGCGUCGAGUCACCGGCCUUUGAGAAAGCCGUCGUCAAGCUACAGCAAGGUCUCAAGCUCCAUGCGACCGACCGCGCCGCUUUACGCGACUUUGAGUCGCCUGCCGCGACGACGCCAUCAAGCGCCGGGGAAACCGACUAUGCGACACGGCUCCUCAAACGCGCUCGCCUCGAGGGCGACGACAAGUACGUCGAGAUUCUCAAAGUGCUGCCGUCGACGGCCAACCGAAUCCAACACGCGUUCGCAACCGCCGAGAACGGUGUGCUGCCGUCCAACAUUGAGACGCUCCUCUUUCUCCAGCUUAACCGGUCGUGCUGGCCCCUGAGCGUGGUUGCUGACGUCGUUGCGACUGCCCAUCGCGAAGCCGAUGACGCCGCCGACGACGACUGCAGUGACAACGAAGACGAGUGCAGCCAUUUUGUUUAA